AUGAUUCCCUCAGCCGUGUUUAUCGUCCUCGCCGCCGCGCAGGCGCUCGCGUUCCCGUCCACCGCACACCACCAACACCAACACGAGCACGCCGCUCCCGCUAAACGCUCAACCCAGACUUGCUCCUUCCCCGAUGAUUUAGGACUUGUCGCUGUUACGCCUGAUUCCGACAACGGCGGAUGGGCUAUGUCCCCUGAUCAGUACUGUUCCCCUGGUACCUGGUGCCCUUACGCGUGUCCCCCGGGACAGCUCAUGGCCCAGUGGGAUCCCGAGGUCACUUCUUACGUCUACCCCGGCUCUCAAUACGGUGGUCUCUACUGCAACGACGAUCUUACUGUUUCAAAGGGAUUUUCUGCUAAGGAUUACUGCUACGACGGUGCUGGAACAGUCUCUGCGAUCUCCACAUCUGGCGACGGCAAUGUUGCGUUUUGCCAGACCGUUCUUCCCGGUAACGAAGCCAUGCUCAUCCCCACCGAUGUUGGCUCGUCCGACACCACUCUCGCUGUCCCUGACACGUCAUACUGGGCCGGCACUGCCGCUCACUACUAUAUCAACCCUCCCGGAGUCUCGACCGACGACGGCUGCGUCUGGGGAUCCACCGCGAACCCGUACGGUAACUGGUCGCCAUAUGUUGCUGGCGCAAACAUGGACGACGCCGGCAUUACCUACGUCAAAGUUGGCUGGAACCCCAUCUACCUCGAGGAGGCUACCCCUUUUAGAGAUGAGCUUCCUUCAUUUGGUGUCAACAUUACCUGCCCCGAUGGCGGCUGCUCGGGUCUGCCUUGCGGUAUCAACCCUGCUGUUCACAGCGUCAACGAGUGCUACAGUGAGACCAGCCCUGGUGCUGGAGGAGCUAACUUUUGCGUCGUUGGUGUUGAGAAGGGCAAGACUGCCUUGAUCACUGUCUUUGACUCUUCCGGAUCUUCUGACUCGUCGUCGAGCUCGUCGUCGUCGUCGUCGUCGUCUUCGUCGUCUUUGUCGGCUUCGUCGACUUCUUCUUCGUCGUUCUCGUCGUCAUCCUCGUCGUCUUCGUCUUCUUCGUCGUCUUCGUCUUCUUCGUCGUCUUCGUCUUCGUCUUCGGUGGCUACUACCUCGGAGGCCGUGAACGUGAUGGCUUAUGCUGCUUCUGCUUCUGCUUCUGCUUCGGAUGAGCCUUCGACUGUUUCGAGCUCUUCGUCGGAAGAGACCUCUAUCUAUGUUGCUCCUAGCACCUCUGAGGUUUACUCUACGUCUUCGUCGAGCAGCAGUUCGUCUUCGUCUUCGUCGACUUCAGAGUACGUUGCGCCUACCUCUUCUGAGGUGUGGGCAGAGCCCAGCUCGUCUUUUGACGAAUGGGACGUGCCUACCUCGUCUUCUGAAGAAUGGGAUGUGCCUACCUCUUCUUCGGUCUAUGUUGAUCCUACGACGAGCUCUUAUGUGUACGUUGAGCCGACUACCAGCUCGUCUGUGUAUGUUGAGCCUACUACCAGCUCUUAUGUUUAUGUCGAACCUACCACUAGCUCUUAUGUGUACGUCGAGCCAACUACCAGCUCGUCUGUGUACGUUGAGCCCACUACCAGCUCGUCUGUGUAUGUUGAGCCCACUACUAGCUCGUCGGUCUAUGUUGAGCCGACUACCUCUUCAUCGGUCUAUGUUGCGCCUACCUCUUCAUCAGUCUAUGUUGAGCCUUCCAGCUCAUCUGAGGAGGUUACGAUUGUGACUGUGACUGUUACGAGCUCGAAUAUUCCCCAGGCGUUCUACGUUGCGAGCAACACUUCGACUACGGUUUCGUCUACGACGUCUAGUACUCCUAGCAGCACUACUCUGGCAGUGUCCACUACUAGCAAGAGCUCGAGCUCGUCUCACAAGGCGUCUAUCUCGAAGGUUUCUUCGAUUGCGCGCACUGCUCAGUACCAAGUUGUGUCGUCGACUAAGCGGUCGAGCUCGGCUGCGCCAAGUAGCACGUCUUCGUCGUCGCGUCACCACCACCACGCUCACCGAAGCUCGUCGUCGGUUUCUUAUGAGGGCACGACUACUAUUGUGGCGACGGCGACGUCGUACGAUAUUGAGGCGGUUGCUGUUGCGAGCACUACGAGUUCGUCGGCGGAGGCAAAGAGCACGGUUGGCGGCCUGUCAGGCAACAAGAACUCAGACAACGAUAGCGGCAGCAGUAGCUCAGGUGCGUCGUCGUUGACGGUGUCUGCGGGAGCUGCAGCGGUCGCAUUCGUGCUAGCGGGCGUUUUGAUUGUAUAA